CUUGUACCAUGUGACCUCUGUGAUCAUUCACAGAUUUCACACAUAGUAAGCAAUGAUGUCACAAGUGACAUCUUGCUUACUACUUUGCAUGUGAUCACUGAUUGGCCAAUCAGUGAUCACAUGAUCGGGACCUCGUACAGAGGUCCCGUCCGACGAUCGGUGUUUCACUGUGUCUGGAGGGAGCGCGCACAAGCAGGGUGCGGGGAGGCCGUUUAUAAACACCCACCCGACCCUGCACUGCCACCGUCCGGCCGUUUAUAUGCAACGGCCGGUCGGGAAGUGGUUAAGAAUAAGACCGGUCUUGAUGUUGUUUUU